AUGAGCAGUGUGGGGAAGAAACUCUUUGAUGAAUCCGCAUCUAGAGUGAGUUCUAAACUAACAGAAACACUAUUACUUCACACUACAAAAGUCGAGCAGGCCCGUGCGCAGAUGAGGUAUGCAGAAGAAGAAGCAGAUUUGAUCAGACAGGAGGCUGCCAUCAAGGCCAGCAGAACUGUGUUAACACGUAAGAAAGAACUGGAAGCGGCAACCCUUGGACUAGAAGCUGUGAGAAAAGUUUUGGAAUUUUCAGACGUUGGUGAAAGUGUUUUUGGUGACUAUCAAGAUCCCAGUAAAGAACAUUUGAUGGAGCGAUAUUUGAAUGAAAAUAUGAGAAUGAACACUCCUCCACCUGAUCCAGUGCUGAAUGAAAUACCUUCCCCUGCAAUUGUAGACGUGCAUGAUAUUAAAGUGUCCGAACCUAUACAGAACUCAGUGAUUUCCGUUGUUCCCCAGGUUUUGCAACAGACUAACACAAAGCAGGACACUGCAUUCGAUCUUGCAAAGGCAGUAGUAAAAAACCAAAUGAUUCCACAAAGACUUUGGAAAUUCAGUGGUGAACCUGGACGGUAUAUUACCUGGAAACACAGUUUUCUAAAUGUUAUGAAAGACAUCAGUUUUGGCCCAUUGGAGCAACUAGAUCUUUUAUUGAACAACCUCGGACAAGGGUGCAAACUGCAGUGCGAAAAUAUAAGAACUACAAAUGCUCGCAAUCCAGAGAGGGCUCUCACACAAAUAUGGGAAAGACUGGACAUGGAGUACGGUAGCCCUGAAGCAGUUGAACAUGCUAUGAAGCAGCAGAUCAUUAACUUUACAUCGUUAAUGGAGAAUGAUAGGAAACGUUACUUUGAUCUGUACGACCUAGCUGCUGAAGUUGAAUCCUUGAAAAGUGAUGAAGCCUACGGAUCAACCUUUGCAUAUUUUGACUCCACAACUGGAAUAAAUGACUUUGUUCGAAAAUUGUUAAAGCGUUUUCAGGAGAAAUGGAUGACAACGUGUGACAAAUACAAGGUCAACAAUGGAGUGUCUUAUGUGCCUUUCCAAGUGUUGGUGAAUUUCUUGCGAGACCUUGCUAGGCUAAGAAAUGACCCUGGUUUGAUAUUGGAGAACAUACCUCAGAAUUCAGCCACACAGCAUCCACCACAAAGAAAGUCGGCACAAAAGUCGGAUGUAUUUGUUCGCAAAACAACCGUAGCACCAGAUCGUCUCGAAUAUGAAACUGACAGUGACAUUUCCUAUGUACGGUGUCCCAUUCAUGGAGGAAAUUCCAACCAUGCUCUGCGAGAUUGUCAGAAACUCUGUAAGAAACCUUACAAAGAGAGAAUUGAUUUCCUUUUCAAGAAAGGAUAUUGUCUGAAAUGUUGUGGCCAGAAACGCCAUUUAAAAAAGAACUGUCAUGAGUCGGUCAAGUGUGAAAGAUGUAAUUCGACGGAACAUGUAACUAUUCUUCAUCCAGACUCUGCACCUAGGAAAGUCCAGAAAGGGGAGCAGUCCGAUGUGAAUGCAUGUUGCACAGAAAUAUGCAAUGUACCCCGAAACACUUCUAAAUCUUGUUCAAAAAUUGUGUUAGUGUCGGUGUUUCCAGAGGGAGAACGUUAUCGAGAACGAAAAGUUUACUGUCUGAUAGAUGACCAAAGCAACCGAUCCUUGGCAUCACCAUCAUUUUUUGAUGCUUUCAACAUACGUGGCCCAGAGACAGAAUAUGUGCUAUCAACAUGUACAGGAAGAUCUGUUACAUCUGGACGGAAAGCAUCGGGAUAUAUAGUGCGCUCACUAGAUGGAUCAUGUACUCUCACAUUACCAAGCCUCAUUGAAUGUGAUGAGAUACCUGACAACAGGAAUGAGAUUCCGUCUAAAGCUGUUGCACGAGGUUAUUCACACUUACAGGAUAUUGAGGGAUGUAUUCCUGAGAUUGACGAGAGUGUCAAUAUUGAACUUUUGAUUGGUCGCGAUCUUAUAACAGCACACCAUGUAUUGGAUCAAAGAAUAGGAACAGAUGUCUUACCUUUUGGUCAAAAACUGCCCCUCGGCUGGGUGAUAAUUGGGAACGUUUCCCUCGGUAAGAUCCAUCAACCUGAGACUGCCAAUGUUUUGAAGACCUCCAUAUUGUCAAGUGGAAGAGCCACACAUUUGAUUCCAUGUGAAAGUGAGAUCUUGGUGAAAGAAUGUGACAUUUUUACACGUCUACCGUGUGAUGAGAAACCAGGCCUCUCAGUAGAAGACAAGAAAUUUCUUCACGUCAUGGAGUCAAGUUUUCAUAGAUCUAGCGAUGGAUUUUGGGAAGCGCCAUUACCCUUUCGGGAGGGUAGACGAUCUCUACCAGACAACCGGUCAAUGGCCCUGCAUAGAGCCAAGUCAUUUGAUGCCAACUUGCGUUCUAACACAGAAAAGAAAAAACAAGUAAUCGAAUUCGUAGAGAAGCUUCUACAGAAUGAGCAUGCAGAAUUGGCUCCCAAACUACCUGUUUAUGUUGAGCGAUGGUACUUACCAAUGUUCGCUGUAUUCCAUCCGAAGAAGCCGGAGAGCAUUCGUGUGGUGUUUGAUUCAUCAGCAAAAUAUCAAGAUGUGUCAUUGAAUUCUGUGCUUCUUCAAGGACCUGACUUGCUGAACAGUCUGGUUGGUAUCCUUCUUCGAUUCCGCCAGGAAAAGGUAGCCAUUACCAUGGACGUACAACAUAUGUUUUAUAAUUUCAAAGUACCAGAAGAACAACGAUGUUAUUUGCGUUUUAUAUGGCACCAAAAUAAUGACUUCAACCAACCCUUUGUUGAUUACCAAAUGACUAGACAUGUAUUUGGCAAUACUGCAUCGCCAGCAGUGGCCAAUUACGGAUUCCGCAAGGUUGUAGAAACUGCUGACCAAGAUGUACAGAACCUUAUCAGAGAGAGCUUCUACGUAGAUGACGGAUUGGUAUCCUGUAAAACUGUUGAACACACGGUUGACCUUGCCCUUCGCACAAAGCAAGCCUUACAUGACAACGGCAGAAUAAGACUCCAUAAGUUUGCGUCAAACAGCAGAGAGGUGCUUAAUGGGCUGGACCAAGGUGACUUAGCAAAGGAUUUAAAGGAUCUUGAUUUAGGAACAGCUACUCUUCCCACUCAGAGAAGUCUAGGCCUACUUUGGAAUACAGAUACAGACACCUUUACAUUCAAAGUCAGCUCUGUUGAAAGGUCUUACACUCGACGUGGACUUUUAUCUGUAAUCAACAGUGUCUUCGACCCUAUUGGCUUUUUACAACCUGUCAUUAUUGAAGGAAAACUCUUACUUCGUGAAAUGAUGUCUGUGACCAGUAAAACUGAUUGGGAUGACCCAUUACCAGAACCACUGUACAACAAAUGGAUCUCAUGGAUGAACUCUUUAAGCUAUCUUGAGACUCUUCACAUACCUAGAAUGUACAGUGAUAUCUCGUUUGAGGAUGCCACCCAUAGAGAGGUUUUGGUAUUUGCGGACGCGUCAAAGAAUGCAGUGGCAGCAGUUGCGUACCUCAAGUUGUAUGAUGAGAAAAAAUCUACAAUCAGCUUUCUGAUAGGUAAAGCAAAACUUGCACCAACACAUGGGCACACAAUUCCUCGCCUAGAGUUGUGUGCAGCUGUAUUUGCUACCGAGAUUGCAGAAAAUGUGCGCGAUCAACUGAAGAUUCCUCAGAACAAUUUUCACUUCUUCACAGAUAGUCAAGUUGUGCUUGGAUAUAUUUCCAAUGAAACAAGGAGGUUUUACAUUUAUGUUGCUAAUCGUGUUGGCAGAAUUCGUCUUUUUAGCCAACCAUCGCAAUGGCAUCACGUUAGAACAGAAUGUAAUCCUGCAGAUGUAGCGACUCGUAGCAUUGACGCGUCACAACUUGAAGAUUCAGCAUGGCUUCGUGGUCCAGGGGAGACACCUGAAAUAACUACCAAGUCAGAGUUUGAACUUGUUAAUCCAGAACAUGACAUUGAAGUUCGACCAGAAGUCACUAGCUGCAAGCAAGAAGUGGACACAGAAGAUUGCCCUAAAACAUCAAACCGCUUUUCGGACCGCUUCUCAAGAUUUUCAUCUUGGAACAGACUGGUUAGGACAGUUGCUCGUAUUAAGUAUUGGGCUCGCUGCAAAGGAAGGAGUGAGACUUCCUGUACUAGAUUUGAUCAUCCUCAGUUGUUAAGGGACAGUGAACUUGCAAUAAUUGCGUGUGUUCAAAGAGACAGUUAUAUGGAAGAAAUGAAGUACAUGAAAGAGUCAGGCAGAAUUCCACGCAACAGUACCAUCCUAUCUCUCUCUCCUGUGUUGGACAGUGAAGGUGUUCUUAGAGUUGGUGGGAGACUGAACAAAGUGAAUGAUGCAGAACUGAGUGGACAACAGCGCAACCCAAUAAUUUUACCGAAAAACCAUCAUGUCAGCUACCUGCUUAUUGGUUACUUUCAUUCGAAAGUAUUUCACCAGGGACGCCAUUUCACUGAGGGUGCUGUGCGUGCGGCAGGAUAUUGGAUUGUUGGCUUGAAGAGAAAAGUUUCCUCUUUCAUCAGCAAGUGCGUGAUGUGUCGUAAGCUACGGGGUAAAUUCAGUCAACAAAAGAUGGCAGAUCUUCCGGAGGAUCGCUGCAAACCAAGUCCACCCUUUUCAUAUGUAGGUGUUGAUACAUUUGGUCCGUGGAUGGUGGCAUUCCGUCGCACAAGAGGAGGAAGUGCUGAUCAGAAACGAUGGGGCCUAUUAUUCACCUGUCUAGUGACCAGAGCCAUCCACAUUGAGAUCAUAGAACAACUCACAAGUUCGUCUUUUAUCAAUGCUCUCAGACGUUUUGUUGGAUUACGUGGACCCGUGACCCAAUUCCGAUCUGAUCGUGGUACCAAUUUUGUGGGAGCAUCAGAAGAUUUGUCUAUUAACGCAGAAUUUAUCGAGAAGGGACCAGUGCAAGACUUUCUCUCGACCUGUCGCACUACUUGGAAGUUUAAUCCUCCUCAUGCCCCACACAUGGGAGGGGUGUGGGAACGACUUAUUGGGACAGUCAAGCGUAUACUGAAUUCCAUGUUAUUGCAACGACAAGGUAGAGACUUGACACAUGAAGAACUCACAACACUCAUGACAGAAAUAUGCGCCAUUGUUAACAACAGACCACUGAUGGAUGUGACAUGUGAUCCGGACUCACCACACCUACUAACGCCUUCGAUGCUACUUACCAUGAAGACUUACCCAGAUGUCGAGCCAUUUCCACCCCUUGGAACAAAGAAUGCUCUUAAGUCAGCUUGGAAAAACGUUCAAGUCUUGGCAGAAGAAUUUUGGCGACGGUGGAAGUCCGAAUAUUUGCACCAAUUGCAAAAACGUGAAAAGUGGACAGAACAGUCGAGGAAUAUCAAGCCUGGAGAUGUGAUCCUUCUCAGAGAUGAGUCCCCUCGCAAUGAAUGGCCUAUGGGAGUCGUGCGCCGAACAUUCGAAAGUGGAGACGGACUUGUUAGAAAAGUAGAAGUAGCUACUGUAAAGGACGGAAAACAAGUUUUGUGUUUAAGACCAAUAGCAAAUCUAAUUCUUUUGUUUGAAGUUGAGGAGUGA